AUGGAACCAUUGAUGCUCCCAUUGUUGAUAUACGUGUUUCCCCCAAAGUCUCCAGUUGCCCAUGCUGACACCCGAAGCCGAGACGCUGAUGGAAACUCCCCGUUGGAUGGAAUUGACCUCGAGUCUGUCAGGAAUGAAACUCUAGCCACGUUGCUUGACUCUGCGCUGAUCCUCCAUAAGCUUGGUGGCACAACAGUUGUGCGACUCUUGAAAUCUUUAGUGAUGAAAGCUGGUGGCAUGCUGCUUCCCGAGACGGAAGCACUUAGCUUGUCGCGUUUAAUCCCAACAUUCGAGCUCAAUAGGUCUGUAGCUCAUUUCAAUUCGAUGACGAAACGCAGUGCUUUGGGGAAAAGGGGUAUAUCGUGA